AUGGAUGAACCUGCGAUCCAAAUCAUCACUCGCCCACCAGAACCGCCGGAGGAUAAGCCCAAACCUGAACCGCUCUCCGUCUGGCGCGAUGAAAACGGCAAGCUUUACUUUCGCCAUAAUCCAACGGUUCCCAUGCUACGAUAUCCCAACAGCAAGGCGGCGAUAGAGAAGUCCGAUGACGACCCAACCAAAUGCAAAGAUUGCACUCGCGAGUGUCUCUUGGCCAUCCCAAACGAGGCGAUGGAGAAAGAUAUCCGUGACCUUGAACUUUUGAAUGAAAAAGAGGGUGAAGAUCCCAAACCCAAGAACCCCAAGUAUAGUUUCGACAGGGAAAUGCACAUGCUAUCCAGAAAAGGGGCCAGCAAAUUCGACAUGUACAAAGCCGUCAAGAGACCCAAGAACAAGAAAGAGACCCUUGGAGAUAUCAUAAAUGAACGGGACGCACUCAAGAAAGAGAAAGUCGGCCUCAACAAGGAGCGUUCCAACCUGAUCAAAGCACUCAAGGUCAAGAAAGCAAACAAGAUCAGAGACGAAACACCAGCCAAUAUCACGGAAAAGAACGUCGCGGAGAUGAAGAAACUCUCCGAGUUCAUCGACGCCAGAAUCAAACGGUGGAAUAAACACGACGAGCCCAAGAGUGAACAGAUGAUGGUAGCGGACGCCAAGUAUACUCUCGAGUCAUUGUACAAGCACCUCCAAAACUCUUUUGUCGAUUUCGAAUAUGAGGAGGAUAUAGACGUGUGCCGUGUCUUGGACUUGCCUUGCUAUGGAAGAGCGUUUGGUGAGGAUAUUGAGGACCACCUGCAUGGACCGGAGCAUAUGGCCUGGGAUCGAUCAAUGAAGGGAAGAGUCCCGCUUUAUCUUCAGUACAACCGACUGAAGCGCGAGGUCGAUGACGGCCUUUCAUACCAGGAGGGUCUGUUGGCGGAACUUGCUGUUGACCCUUAUUCUUACUAG